GCGUCUCCAAGGUGAUGUCAUGGAGGCAGCAUUGAUGCUGUUGCUGAUGCUGUUGCCCGGCGCCUGCAUCCACAGAGCCAGACGGAGGGUAACCACAGUCAGCCGUCCAACUUCAGCAGCAGAGACCGCAGGAACAGAAACAGGAGUGAGAAGGCGCUUUGAUUUCCCUGGAGAGUUACAACCGCAGUGACAAGAUGACUCUGGCAGCCUAUAAAGAGAAGGUCAAAGAGCUCCCCCUGGUGUCUCUGUUCUGCUCCUGCCUGAACCCACAGACUGCAGAUAACACCACAUAUAAAGCAGAAGAUGCGGUGGACCUGGGCUGGUGCGUCAUGAAAGAUGUGGAGGUGAUCGAGCUGAACAAGCGGACAUCCGGCCAGGCCUUUGAGGUCAUCCUCAAGCCUCCGUCCUUUGAUGGCCUGCCAGAACUCAACACCUCCAUGCCGCAGCGCCGCGACCCAUCCCUGGAGGAGAUCCAGAAGAAGCUGGAGGCUGCUGAGGAGAGACGAAAGUGCCAGGAGGCUGAGCUGCUGAAGCACUUGGCAGAGAAGAGAGAACAUGAGCGUGAGGUCAUCCAGAAGGCCUUUGAGGAGAACAACAACUUCAUCAAGAACGCAAAGGAGAAGCUGGAGCAGAAGAUGGAGGCGAACAAGGAGAACAGGGAGGCCCUUCUGGCGGCCAUGCUGGAGAGGCUGCAGGAGAAGGAUAAACAUGCAGAGGAAGUGAGGAAGAACAAGGAGAUGAAGGAGGAGGCGUGCCGAUAGAUGCAACGGAGCCAGAAGAAGGGACAAAAAUAAAGGGAAUCCGACAAACAGACAUAAAAAAGGACAUAACAGCGACUUGAAUGAGCUUCAGAGAAAAGCUUUUACAUUGGAUGUGUGCUGUCAGACCUCCUGUGCUGUACAAAGUUUAAUGAUGCUUGAUGUAUAAGGGGAACUGGUUUAGGGGAACUGGUGGGGUGGGCGGCUACAUCAACACAAACAAGUAUUCAACAUCCAUGAUUUCUUCUUUAUUGCAGAAUGAAAGCAAAAUCACUUCUUUCUUCUUUAUUGUUUCUAUCAGAAAGCAGAAAAUUAAAAUUGCCUGAGUUAAA